AUGCCCAUGCCCAACAUGCCAGGCAACAUUAGAAAACUGCAACAGCAACAGCGACAGCAACUACAACAACAAAUACACUCAGCGAACGAAGCAAAUGAACGAAUGCCGUCUGCGCUGCAGUCGCGGUCGCAGUCACUGUCGACGUCGACGUCGAGUGUAUGCAUCAAAAAACAGACACUCUGGAUUUGCGAGCAGCAACAGCAACGUCAGCCGAGACAGCGCAGCAGCAGCAGCAGCAGCAGCUACAGCACAGGCAGCAGUAGUCGCAGUCGCAGCAGCAGCAGAGGCAGCAGCAGCACACAAAUGUACGCCAAUGACCGAGUUCGGGUGAAAGACCUUCGAUAA